AUGUCGCAUGCUUAUUUAGCGGUCGAUCCUCUAGGUGAAGCAACAUCUAUCCGUCGUUAUACGAUUCGUGAAAAGAUAUUAUCGCUACAUGAUAAUUAUAAAAUCAAAGAUGAAUCCGAUCAAGAUGCCUUCAUCGUUCGAUCAAAACUGUGGACAAUUGCUGACAAAAUUCUUUUGGAAGACAUGAAUGGAAAUGCUUUGGUAAAGAUCGAGGAAGAACUGCUUCAUUUACAUCCAACAUACAAAAUAUUGCCAGCACGUGAUGGUGAUGCGGGUCGCCAAUUAGCAUUAGUCAAGAAGAAAUUCUCAUUUCGUGAGAAAUUCUCAGUCAAUUCAGUGUAUGGUGAAUAUCAUUUGGAAGCACUAGAUUUCUUAGGUCGUUCAAUCACGUUAAAAAAAGAAGGACGCACUGUGGCAAUUAUAAAAAGGACGCUAGCUACUCUGGCUGACACCUACGAAGUGGAAAUUGAUAGUGAUGAAGAUCAUCCAUUCAUCUUAGCGUUGAUAAUUGUUCUUAAUCAAGCUCAACAUCAGGAUUAUAGCGCGGCUAGUGCAUCUAACUACCUUCCUGGAUCUACCUAA